UUGGAUGGGAAUAAUAUAUGUAAUCGCCAAUAAACUUUAAAAAAAAAAAAAAAAAAGUGUCUGUCUUUUGACCUCACUUAUCAGGAAAGACCUGAUGCUUGUUGGACGUUUUUUGUUUUUUCACCAUUAAACUCAGAAGUGUAUUUGCAGUUUAGGAAACUCCUCUGAUAAGACCAGCAACACCAAGAUCAAAGUCACUUGAAUCAAAUCAAAUCAUUGAGAUUUUUUUUUUUCUCUUUGUUUGAUGUGAACACUAAUUGAACCUUUGAUCAUGAUACAUUUGCUGUAUCACUAUAAGUGCAUGAAUGAAACAGAACAUGUGCAGGAGGAGGAGAAGGAGGAGUGUCUCUUUAACCCGUGUUUGUGAUGCACACAGAUUUAAUACAACCUGGCAACCUGCGCAUGACCAAGGUGAGACAGGAGGUUAUCCCCAGGUUGGGACACACCCACAGUACACGCACUUCAGUCAGACAUUCAGCAGAGAUCAAAGGCAGCACAGCUUUCACACCAGACCAACAGGAGUCUAACUGAAGUUGAUAAAUGAUUGAAUGAGGAUGAGGAUGAGGAUGAGGAAGGCGUUCCCGUGGCUGGCCAACGUGUCCCUGUACGGCUGUCUGUUCGCCGGCGGCGACCUGCUCCAUCAGCGCGUGACGCACAAGCAGCGCGGCGCCGAGCUCGACUGGAGGCGCACGAAGAACGUGGCGCUCGUGGCGUUCUGUUUCCAUGGCAACUGGAACUACUUCUGGCUGCGCGCCCUCGAGCGCCGGUUCCCGGGCCGGUCCUUGGCCAUGGUGCUGUCCAAGGUAGCGCUGGAUCAGAGCUUCUCCUCGCCCUUAGCGACCAGCGUCUUCUACACAGGUGUGAGUGUGUUGGAGGGCAAAGAGGACAUCUUUGAAGACUGGAGGGAAAAAUUCUUCAACACGUAUAAGACCGGACUUAUGUACUGGCCCUUUAUGCAGUUCCUAAACUUUGUGUUGAUGCCGCUGUACCUGCGCACCGCGUUCAUGGGCUGCUCGGCGUUCCUCUGGGCCACGUUCCUGUGUUUCUCGCAGCAGAGUGGCGACGGCACGGCGGGCACGGCUCUCGACUGGUUAACCACCACUGAGAAACAGAUCAUGAGCCAAAGCACUAAUGAGGAGAAGUGAUGAACAGCGACUGUGGUGCCUUCACUCACACACAUACUCUACAGACGUGUAUUGCACAAACCUUUAUUUAUGUAUACAGUACCAGAUUGGACACACCUUCUAAUUCAAGGUUUAGUGAUUUAUUUUCUACAUUCUAGAACA